CGCAUCCACAUCCCCAACCCAAUCAAAAUCAAUUGCUUGUUUAAUAUUCCAGAACGAGAACCAGCGACAGUACCCUAGGAAGGAGAGGAGGAAGAGGAAGAAGCCUUUGGUUUGAGAGAGAAUUCGCACCAGGGAUCACUGAUUUCCCCAAGAAUCCACUAAAAGAAAUUGUAACGACAGGGAUUUACUUAUUGAUCUAUUGGUUUUGGUUUUCUUUUGAGGGAAAUGGGAGAAGAAGAGGGUAAGAAGAGGAGGGUGGCGGUCGAGUCACUGGGAUGGCUAACGGAGUCGUCGAUAUUGCCAAAGAAGCACAGAGCCAUAGAAGGAGUGGGUGCCUCUUCGAUCCUAGAGCUCAAGGCCCAGCUCUACAAAUCCCAGGAGGAGGCCAAGGUUUCCAAGCUGUCCUCCACCGUUUCAGAUGUCAAUUACCACCGCGCCAAGAAGAAAAUCAUUCCCUCUGAUCCCUUCUCCGCCAAGAACUCCGGCGUCGAAUCCCGCGCUCUCAAGGACAAGCUGGAGCUUAAAGCGAUCAAUGAUGGGUCAGCCAGCUAUGCAGCUUUGGAGAAGAAGGCAGAGCUAUAUGAUAAGUUAGUAAGGGGAGAACUUUCUGAUGAGGAAGGCGAGGAGAAAUAUUGUGUUGAUUUUUUCCGCAAGGGACUCGAGCAAGAGGAGUCACAGCAGCCACAAAGCCAUGAUGCUUCUACCGCAGUAGGUCGUCCGGAAGAUGAAGAUGGUAGGAAUGAUGAUUCUCUGCUAUUCAGCGCAAAAUUUGUGGGGCCUGGACGAACUGCUGAAGCAGUGGACAGAGAUAAACACAAGCUUUUUGUUAGGGAAGUUCAUGAAGAAGCAAAUCAAGCAAGAGAAAAGGUUUCAGAAAUCAAGCUGCGUAGACAAGAACAGGCAGCAGCUCAUCGCGAGAAAAUAAGACAGGCAUAUCUUCGUAAAAAAUUGGAGAAAUUGAAAGCUGCAUCUAAUGCAGAACAGCCAGGAUUAGCAGAAGGUGGGAGUUGAUAAUCCUGUAACUCAUACGGUGGAGUUGAUCAAUUCAAACAUUGUGAUGAAGCUCAGAGGAGCAAAGUGGAAAAAUGAUAAAAUUUUGUGAAACUCUCUCUUUGUAAAAAUCCAAAAGAAUUCUGUGCUGCCACUUGUUUGUUUUGAUCAAUUUUCACUUAUACAUCCAACUAUGAAUUAUGAUACAGAUUAGAUUUUUAGACUUGGUAAUGUUGACAAUUGCUGAUUUUUGUGAAA